AUGUCGGUGUUACACCCCACUUACACAGUCUGUUGUUAGUAUGGUCGAGAAGUCCAGUGAGAGAUUUGAUAAACAGAUGGCCGGGCGAUUGGGAGAUAUUGAUUUUACUGGUGUCAGUCGAACCAGGGGCAAGUUCGUAAGGGUGACCAGCUCCACGGAUCCAGCUGAGAUCUAUCAGAUUUUGACUAAGCAGUGGGGUCUGGCUCCUCCUCAUCUGGUGGUGGCACUGAUGGGAGGUGAUGAAGUUGCUCAGCUUAAGCCCUGGCUGAGGGACACACUCAGGAAAGGCCUCGUGAAGGCAGCACAGAGCACAGGGGCCUGGAUCCUCACCAGUGGUUUGCGCUUUGGCAUCACUAAGAAUCUGGGUCAGGCCGUAAGAGACCACUCUCUAGCGAGCACUUCCCCAAAAGUGCGAGUUGUGGCUAUUGGAAUUGCCCCCUGGAACAUGAUUCAGAACCGAGAUCUGCUGCUGUCUGCAAAGCCUGAUCAUCCAGCAACAUACCCAACCGAGGAUCUCCCAUAUGGCGCUGUGUACUCCUUGGACUGCAAUCAUUCACAUUUCAUCCUGGUGGACGAGGAUCCCAAGAGACCUGGAGCCACUGGAGAGAUGAGGGUCAAGAUGCUCAAACACAUCUCUCUGCAGCGAACGGGAUAUGGGGGCACUGGCAGUAUAGAAAUACCUGUUUUGUGUCUUCUGGUUCAUGGAGAGCCAAGGAUAUUACAGAAAAUGUACAAGAAUAUUCAGAAUUCAAUUCCCUGGCUAAUACUGGCUGGCUCAGGAGGAGUAGCCGAUAUUUUAGUGACCCUGAUGGACAGAGGAUGCUGGGAUGCUGAUAUUGUUCAAGAGCUCUUGAUUAACACCUUUCCUGAUGGUCUGCACAGCACUGAAAUCACUUCUUGGACCAAACUGAUUCAGAGAAUAUUGGACCAUGGUCACCUGUUAACAGUGCAUGACCCAGAGCAGGAUUCAGAACUGGAUACAGUAAUUCUCAAAGCUCUUGUUAAGGCGUGUAAGAGUCAGAGUCAGGAAGCGCAGGACUUCCUGGAUGAGCUGAAGCUGGCCGUGGCCUGGAAUAGAGUGGACAUCGCCAAAAGUGAGAUCUUCAGUGGAGACGUCCAAUGGAGUGCACAGGACUUGGAGGAGGUCAUGAUGGAGGCACUGGUGAAUGACAAGCCUGACUUUGUGCGACUUUUUGUUGAUAACGGUGUAAACAUAAAGCAAUUCCUGACUUAUGGCCGUCUCCAAGAGCUCUACUGCUCUGUGUCUGAGAAAAACCUGCUUCACACUCUGCUCCUGAAAAAGAAUCAGGAGAGACAGGCUCAGUUGGCCAGAAAACGAAUGUCAGGAAACCCCAACAAUGAACUAGGUGACCGCAAAUUUCGUUUCACCUUCCAUGAGGUCUCAAAAGUCCUCAAAGACUUUCUUGAUGACACCUGUAAGGGUUUCUACCAAAAACUUCCAGCGGAAAGGAUGGGAAAAGGCAGACUUUUCCACAGCCAGAAAAACCUUCCAGACAUGGACAGACGAUGUGAGCACCCUUGGAGAGACCUCUUCCUUUGGGCUAUUCUGCAGAAUAGGCAGGAAAUGGCAAACUACUUCUGGGCCAUGGGCCCGGAGGCAGUGGCAGCUGCUCUGGUGGGCUGUAAGAUCAUGAAGGAGAUGGCCCAUCUGGCUACUGAAGCGGAGUCUGCUCGCAGUAUGAAGAAUGCCAAGUAUGAGCAGUUUGCAAUGGAUCUUUUCAGUGAGUGUUAUUCAAACAGUGAAGACAGAGCCUAUUCUCUUCUGGUGAGGAAAACGUGCUGUUGGAGCAAAGCAACUGUCCUUAAUAUCGCCACUUUGGCAGAAGCCAAAUGCUUUUUUGCUCACGAUGGAGUCCAGGCCCUGCUGACCAAAGUCUGGUGGGGAGCCAUGAGGACAGACACCUCCAUAUCUAGACUCGUGCUUACUUUCUUCAUCCCUCCCCUGGUUUGGACCAGCCUUAUCAAGUUCAAUCCAGAGGAACAAGUGAGCAAAGAUGAAGGGGAGCCGUUUGCUGAACUGGACAGUUUGGAAACAGAACAAGCACUGUUACUCACAGACGGGGAUCCUGUUGCUGGGGAAGGUAGUGCUGAAACUGCUGCUCGCAGCUGCAGCGCAACCUUCAUCCGUGUGGUUCUGCGCCGCUGGAACCGUUUCUGGAGCGCUCCAGUCACCGUGUUCAUGGGAAACGUCAUCAUGUACUUUGCUUUCCUCAUUCUGUUCAGUUACGUGCUGCUUUUGGACUUCAGGCCUCCACCACCGUAUGGCCCCUCUGCAGCUGAGAUCAUCCUCUACUUCUGGGUCUUUACCCUGGUGUUGGAGGAAAUCAGACAGAGUUUCUUCACGGAUGAGGACAUGAGUAUUCUGAAGAAGAUGAAACUGUAUGUGGAGGACAACUGGAACAAAUGUGACAUGGUGGCCAUCUCCCUCUUUGUGGUGGGAUUGUCAUGCAGGAUGGCCAUGAGUACAUAUGAGGCUGGUCGCACUGUUCUUGCCUUGGACUUCAUGGUUUUCACCCUAAGACUCAUUCACAUUUUUGCCAUCCAUAAACAGCUGGGACCCAAAAUAAUCAUUGUUGAGAGAAUGAUCAAGGAUGUGUUCUUCUUCCUCUUCUUCCUGAGUGUUUGGCUGAUAGCGUAUGGAGUGACGACACAGGCCCUUCUCCACCCCAAUGACCCGCGCAUUGAUUGGGUCUUCCGCAGGGCGCUGUACCGCCCAUAUCUCCAUAUAUUUGGACAGAUUCCUUUGGAGGAAAUAGAUGCUGCAAAAAUGCCAGAUGAUAACUGCACUACUGACGUGCAGGAGAUUAUAUUAGGCACUCUGCCACCGUGCCCAAACAUAUAUGCCAACUGGCUGGUCAUUCUGCUGCUCGUCAUCUAUUUGCUGGUCACAAAUGUACUGCUGCUCAACCUUCUGAUUGCCAUGUUUAGCUACACGUUCCAAGUGGUGCAGGAGAAUGCAGAUAUCUUCUGGAAGUUUCAGCGCUACAACUUAAUUGUUGAAUACCACAGCCGCCCGGCACUAGCACCACCUUUCAUCAUCAUCAGCCACAUCACACAGGCUCUCCUCAGCUUCAUCAAAAAGACAGAAAACACACAGGAUCUGCUGGAGAGGGAACUGCCGUCUGGCCUGGACCAGAAGCUCAUGACAUGGGAGACGGUGCAGAAAGAGAACUAUCUGGCUAAACUGGAGCAUGAGCACAGAGAGAGCAGCGGAGAGAGACUCAGAUACACUUCCUCAAAGGUACAGACUUUGCUGAGGAUGGUUGGGGGUUUUAAGGACCAAGAAAAGCGAAUGGCAACAGUGGAGACUGAGGUGAGGUAUUGUGGAGAGGUCUUGUCUUGGAUUGCUGAAUGUUUCCACAAAAGUACUCUGAAGUGUGACAGAGACGCACCAAAAGCCCCACGGUCCAUUGCCGGGAGCUCCAGAGACCAGCAGCCACAAGGGGCCAAACGCCAGCAGCCAGCAGGACAUCCAGCAUAUGGCACUGACAAGAAACUGCCUUUCAUUGAUCACUGAUCCGCCUCUAUAUUUUCUUUGUAACCUAGAAAUAGGAUAUUACAGGUCCUUUAGAAUUAAAAUAAAGUUUUUUAAGCUAGUUAGUAUCAGUGUGUUCGGAUAUGUAAGAAUAUCUGUAAACUAGUGUGCUCCAAAACAGUGACAAUUUGCAAUUUGUAGAUAUAAACAACCAAAGCUUGUAGUUUGUCACUUCCGCCUUAAUGGAUCAAGAAUUAUGUUUUUCAUAUUUCAGUUUUUGGGGUGACACUGUGGCUCAGGGCUUAGCACUGUCGCCUCACAGCAAGAAGGUCGCUGGUUUGAGUCCCGGCUGGGUCAUUUGGAGUUUGUGUGUUCUCUCCGUGUUUGCGUGGGUUUCCUCCAGGUGCUCUGGUUUCCCCUACAAUUCCAAAGAUAUGCGAUAUAGGUGAAUUGAUUCAUCUAAAUCUGGGUGUUCCCCAGUACUGGGUUGCAGCUGGAAGGGCAUCGACUGUGUAAAACAUAUGCUGAACAAGUUGGUGGUUCAUUCUGCUGUAGCGAACCCUGAUAAAUAAAGGGACUAAGAAAAAGGAAAAUGAAUAAAUAAAAUAAAUAAAACUUCAGUUUCUUGUCAAAUCUUCUGACCAAUGAAAUGCUCUCUAGUAUCUUACAUGUCCCGCCUUUUUCAAAAGGCUUCUCACUUGAUGCGCUUGAUCUCAACCACUCUCACUGGCAGAGCUGUGAUGAAAAUGAAAUGCUAUUGGCUGUUUUUUUAUUAAAAUGGAGGAGCUAUGUACCGCCCUCUUUUCAUGUUUCAGUUCAAAAUUCUUGAAAAUGCACAUUUCAACGUACUUCACAGGACUUUUAAUAUUUAGACAAGAAAUGAGACACAAUAUGUGCAGAUUAAUAUUUUGUGACUGAGCUUUAUAAAGUUUUUGUGCCUUAUUUGGAGCAUAUUCAAAAUAUGCUCACUAUAACAUUUGCAAUACAAAAUAUAGAUUUCUUUUUCAGUUUAUAAUUUGUCAAUGCACUUCAACCAAUUCAUAUUAGGGCUGCACGAUAUUGGAAAAAUAUUGCAAUAUUUUCAUUCACUCCGAUAUAUAUUGCGUUAUCAAUGCAAUUUCAGCAGAUGGCUUGAAGAGCUUGCAAAGCAUUUGUCGUUUAAGAGACUGUGAUGAUUCUGUGAUGAUUUCUUGGAAGUCAAAAAGUAUUCAGAAGCAGAAAUGAAAUAAUCAUCAUAUAACAAUAAUAACACUGUAUCGUUUACAUUAAGUAAAUAAUUAUAAAAUGUAUAAUUAUUCUUUGUGUCCAAAUGCCUUAAAUUUGCUUCAGAUUCUUACAGUCAGGUCUUAAAAACACAUGCAAAUAAUAAACUUUCACUCUAAGGUUAAAAUAUGACAAGACUCCACUAUUGUUAACUGUAAUAUCUGGUCAACUAUAAUCCCAACUACAUUGCAGAUCCCUGCGGUGUGACUAUUGCGAACUCACACAUUGCAAUAUCUAUGCUGAAAGAUUAUAUUGUGCAGUCCUAAUUCAAAUGUUAAAAUAUUUUGUACAGAAAAUGAAGAUUGUUCCGUUUCUACCAGCACUUGUUGUUAUAGUAAAAUCAAUGACAUCGGUUGAAUGAGCAAUUUGAGGACCUGUAUAAAUAACACUAGGCAGACUAAACCCUUAAACUUUACAAUCCAGCUUCCCUAGUUAUUUAGACAUCAACAGUUUGUCAAAUUAUUUUAGCCUUCCUGUGAAAUGUUCAUUCUGUUGUUUAAUUACCAAGUGCUUUUAAUCGAGAGAUUUAUUUUGACACCUCAUUUCUUUUGUCUCUGCCAUAAUUGUAGUACUUAACAUUUUACUACAGUAGAUAUUUAGCAAGAUACUAGUAUGCAACUAAAAGUGCAAUGGAAAGAGCCACUGGACAGCAUUGCUUUGUUAAAUAGCCUUUUGAAGAAAACUAAACUGAUUUUUAAAAAAAUUUUAUGAUUAUUAUUACAGCCAAGCAAAAACAAUUCCGACUUUAUCCAGAACAAAAAUAUUAUAAGAAAUCCUUUGCACUUUUCACCAAUUUUCAUUGCACUGUUAAAUGUCACUUGGGAAAUAUUUGGGGGGUAAAAAUAGAAAUUCACAGAAGCUCAAUAAUAAUUUGGUCUGCACACUGCUUAACAUUAACUGUACACUGUCAAAUAAAAGUUUUUGGUCAGUAAUAUUGAAUAACAUCUAUAACACUCACCAAAGAAGUAUUUCAGGUUUGCUUCAUAAAUUGAAUCAACAAUGUUGAUAAAAGAACAAUGUUUAUUUAAAAUAUAGUGACUUUUAAUGCAAUCAAAUACAUCUUUAAUGGACAAUCAAUUAAUUUCAUUGAGCAAAAAAUAAAUAAAAACAUCCAGAUUAUGAAUAAUACAAUAUAUGCCCAUUUCUCACCUCUUUCAGAGUACCCUCACCGUUUUACACCAUUUUAGACACUGAUUAUUCAUUAUCAAGAAUGACCAACGCUGUUCCCAUAGCUGAUGAAUCAGUAACCAGUUGACUUAGCAAAUUUACUCAAAACCAGCCUUGAGGGAAAACUUUACAACAAGAAUAGUAGUGGGAACACAUUCACUCCAACCCAUAUUCGCUCCAACCUGCAGUGUUUUUUUAAUUCUCCUUCUUCUUGAAUGCCAAAAGCUCUGCUGUUGUUAAGUGAAGCUGAUUCUGCAAUCGUCAUAGUCAUUUCUGCAGUGUCAUGGACAGACUCGGUAUGUAGACAUCAUUUAUUACCACUUUGUGCUUCCAGGCAUGCAUUUAUUUAUCUGUGCUGCAAUGUCUAGUACUGUAAGUGAUUUAUUACUCAUUUUUGUAACACCUUAUUAAGUCUGAGGCAUCAGAUUAAUUGUAGAGAAUAAAAACUUAUUAAGAGACUGCCAAA